AUGGACUCCACGUUCGGCAAGGUCUUCAUGUUCCUCACGGAUCUCGCCUGGAAAUCUCGUCUCACCAUUCCCAUCAUGGUCACCACUGCAUUUCUCGUGAUGGACAUCCGCUUGCAGAUCGAGAUCAACAUUCAGUCCGGCCAAUUUAACGCCAGCGAUAUGGAGGAUGGUGAUGAUGGCGACGACCAGUUUGGUGGCCAUGAUCACGGAUCGGACGACGAGAGCGGCAGCGACAGCUACACGGAUGAGGAGUACAACAGCGAGUACACCAACGACGAUGGCAACAACAGCGAAACGUCCCACUACAGCCAGGACAUGUACGAUCCUUGGGGGUCAGAGGACGAGAUCGACGCCAACUAUUCGCGGGAAAUGCAGUUCUAGGACACAAUCUAAAUUUUAGGUUUAAGCGGAAGUAACUAGCUUUAUUUUAUGUACAUAUACUCAGUAAUCGAGCCUCUAUUUAACCAUCUCAAGUAGACAGUCAGUCAUAAUUAAACAAACGUAGUUAAGUGCAA